UGGCCAAGCGGGGAGGGGGGCGAGGAGAGCCAGGCAGAGCCCCGCCUGGCUCAGCUCCGCUUGCUUUUUUCUGGCAAUUCCCAGGCGGUCCCCGUCUGCAGACGCCCGGGAGGUUUGCAAAGCCCUCCCUCGCUCGGCUCCCUGGAAGGAAGCAUUCAGCCCCUGCCUGAGCCAGCCUGGGACGGCUCCCCCCGUGGCCCUUUCCCAGUCUGGGGAGGGGCCCUGGCUCGCUGGUGGGGAGUCUGUCCCGGAGGCAGAAAGGCCCCCAAAGGAUCCGGCCAUGGCUUUUCCUAUCAAAGCAUCCGUUUUAGGGGGUGGGCAGGGUGCCUGUCUCCUGGGUACGCUGGAGGACAGGCCAGGCCUGGCCCCAAACAUGUGCAAACUCUGCCCCAGAGGACCUGAGCUGAGUGCCCAGCAUCGGAGGCCUCUCCAGCUUGGAAGAUCUGGGAAAUUUCUGCUCUGUGCAAAGUUAUCAGGAUGCUGAAACAGAGAAAGGCCCUUCAGAACAGUGACUUGACUUGUCAUAAGAAAUACUCCCUUUUUCAAAAGUGCUUGGAAGCUGAAAGCAUUUUCUGUUGUCUGCAAAGAUUCUCGUUGUCUGAGGAUAAAAGUCCCUCAUCCCCCAAGAUGGCUCAGGGGGGCCCUUCUUGCCAUUCUGCUCCUAUGAAUAAAAGUUCCUUUGCAAAUCCAGGACAGACUUUGGAUUGGUUUGGAACAGCAUUUCAGUACGUCAAAAAAGAAGGCUUACAAGGCCCAGAAGGAAAAGGGCCCCAUGUUGUCCUGGUUGGGGCUAGUGAGAAAUUCUGGGAAAGAACAAGGAAGAACAUCCUGGAAGAAGAAACCACCAGUUGGGCUGGAGAACAUCACCCUUUCCAGGAGUUGUGCUACAAGGAAGCCGAGGCACCUCGAGAGCUUUGUAGUCGCCUCCACCGCCUUUAUCGUCAGUGGCUGAAGCCAGAGAAGCACACAAAAGCUCAGAUGCUGGACUUGGUGGUCCUGGAGCAGUUCCUGGCCAUCCUGCCCCCAGAGAUGGAGAGCUGGGUGCGGGAGUGUGGAGUGGAGACCAGCUCCCAGGCAGUGGCCCUGGCUGAAGGCUUCCUCCUGAGCCAGACGGAGGAGAAGAAGCUGGCAGAAAUGCAGGUUCAGGAUCCCUUCAUGGAGGUCGCCACUCAAGAUCCCAGAGCAUGUGGAGAUGUGUCCUAUCUCUCACAGGAGCUGGUCUUCGGGGGAAUCUCCCAGGAGGACCCAGCUCAGAUUACAUCAGCAAAGCAUGGAGCAACACUGAGGUUUCCUGCAGAAAUGCCUUUACUUUGUGGUGGAGCUGAAACUGCAGUUGUCAUUCCAACUCAGAAUCAUAUGUCAUUUGAAGAUGUAGCUGUGUUUUUCUCUGAAGAGGAGUGGGCUCUGCUGGAUCUUGACCAAAAAUCCCUGUACAGGGAGGUCAUGUUGGAAAAUGCAAGGAAUGUGGCCUUCUUGGGUGAUAGGUGGAAGAAUGAGGAUUCUAACAAGGAGGUGGCAAAACAUUCGCCAACAGUCAAAAAUGAAAUUAGAGAAGGGAAGUUCAGAAAUCAGUGGGGAACACAAAGGCCUGAGGAAAAUCAGUUAAACAGAGAGCUGGAGAAAUCUACUUUUCAGUGUGCAGAUAUCAAUAUGUUCCUGACCCAAGAAGAUCACCAAGAAAAAGGAACGUGUCUAGGGUGUGGAAAAAUAUUGAGAGAUGAAUCAGGAUUAUGUGAAUAUUGCAGAAGACACAGUGUUGAAGCACAAUAUGAAUAUAGGGAACACUCAUAUUGGACUUUUCCUCUUACUUUAAAUCAAUGCAUACCUAUUGGGGGAAAACCAUAUAAAUGCAUGGAGUGUGGAGAAAGCUUCAGCAAGAGCAGCCACCUUAAUGAGCAUCAAAGGAUUCAUGCAGGGGAGAAACCAUAUAAAUGUGUGGAAUGUGGAAAGAGCUUCAAUCAGAAAAGUCACCUUACUACUCAUAAAAGAAUCCAUAGAGGAGAGAAACCAUAUCAGUGUAUGGAGUGUGGAAAGAGCUUCAGUCAGAACAGUUACCUUACUUCCCAUAGAAGAAUCCACAGAGGAGAGAAACCAUAUCAGUGUGUGGAGUGUGGAAAGUGCUUCUGUCAGAAAAGCCACCUUACUUCACAUAAGAGGAUCCACACAGGGGAGAAACCAUAUCAGUGCCUGGAGUGUGGAAAGAGCUUCAGUGAUGCAAGUCACCUUACUUCCCAUAAAAGGAUUCACACUGGAGAGAAACCGUAUAAAUGUAUGGAGUGUGGAAAGAGCUUCAGUGUAAGCAGUUCCCUUACCUCCCAUAAAAGGAUUCACACAGGGGAGAAACCAUAUAAAUGUAUGGAAUGUGGAAAGAGCUUCAGUGUAAGCAGUUCACUUACUUCUCAUAAAAGGAUUCACACGGGGGAGAAACCAUAUAAAUGUAUGGAAUGUGGAAAGAGCUUUAGUAAGAGCAGUUCUUUUACUUCCCACAAAAGGAUCCACACAGGAGAGAAACCGUAUAAAUGCAUGGAGUGUGGAAAGAACUUCAGAGACUCCAGUUCUGAGGUUGUGAUCCUCAUGCAGAAAUGUCAUGGAAGUGGAUAAUGGACUAAAAUGAACCACCCUGUCUGGCAAUGCUGAAGGAAGGAAAACAAGGAAUAAAAUAGGUGGACGGCUGUCAUCAGCUCUUUGUACCUAUAAACCUGUUGAUCACUAGAGGCAGUAGAUGUAGGGACAGUUAGUAGAAGGACUUGGCACUUCAAUUUUUCUUUGCAUAGGAAUACUUAAUUUGCAUAUCUCUACAUACCAGGCCUCCUGAUUUUCUUAUUUCUGACUUCACUUCCAAUUCCCAAUUCUUUCUCUUUCAUUCCUUCCUUCUGGAUCAUUUGCACUGUCUCCAGUAAGAGCACUUAAUUUGCAUUUAUCUACAUAUUUGACUUCCUAUUUAUUAAACAGAUUUCGAGGGUCGUCAACACUCCCAGUUCUCUUGCAUUUGUUUUUCUUCCUUGCUCUUCUCCAGUAACGGAGAAAACUCCACCCUGGUUCCAAGGCACAGACCAACUGGACAACCUCAGAUUUUCUAUCAUGAUGUAACUUCCCAGAUAAGGACCAUCUUUUUGUUUUUUCUCACAAGCACUCGUCUGUGGAGUUCUUUCUCCAGACAUAACAUUCCUAACUCAUCAUUUAUUUCUAAAUGCAUGUUUUCCACUGUGCAGAAGCUACCUGCCCCGAGGCACCUCACUAACUGCACGAUACUGAUGUUUAUAUAUGCAGUGGGAUACAACAGGGGUGCUAAUAAUCAUGGACUUGAAUUAUAAACAGGAAGGGGAGGGGUUUCUCCCUUUAAGAAUCACUUAGGAAUUGGGAGGAGGGUAUUCCCUUACAAGUUGAGAGGAGAAGUCCAUGUAGAGCACUUUGAAGGGUUGGGCAGGGGAUGAAAAUGAGUGCAGAAGUAUCUGUGAAUGACUUUGAAUGUUGGGCAACUGUUUAGUUAACUGUCUCCUCCAGUGAGUCUGGCUGAUUCCUGCUGUUCUCCUUGUCUUCUAAGGCCUAACCAGCACACCAUUUUUUCCCCUUUCCCGUUCAUCUUCCCCACGUCUCCAGUUUAAUUUCUCCUUUUCCUUCUCUCUCCUCAUUCUCUUCCUCCUUCGCUUCCUCUUCCCUCUCUUUGAAAGAAGGAAGGGAGU